UGUAAAUGUUAACAUUAUAUAACCUGAAAGCUAGCUUUGAUAAUAGAUGGCUGCAUCCUAUGGCAUUUUCAUUGAGGUCAGCUGGUACACACUAGUAGAUCAAAGUCAGGACACAUUUCUGCUCUCCAGUUUGCUUACAUGAACCCGUCGAUUUAAAGAUCAUUGUAAAUUCACAAACCUGGCACACACAUUGCUGAGAGAUAACAAAUGACGCGGAGCUCGUCUUUUAAUUGACACGAAGCCUCCGUUAAAAAAAAAAGAUUUUCUGACACAAUGGGAAUACACGGACUUGCCAAGCUAAUUGCUGACCAGGCCCCUGGUGCCAUUAAAGAGCAAGACAUAAAGAACUUCUUUGGCAGGAAAAUUGCUAUUGAUGCCUCUAUGUGCAUCUACCAGUUUCUGAUUGCUGUGCGACAGGAUGGUAACGUUCUACAGAAUGAAGAUGGAGAGACAACAAGCCACCUAAUGGGAAUGUUCUACCGCACCAUCCGCAUGUUGGAACAUGGAAUCAAACCUGCGUAUGUGUUUGACGGCAAGCCCCCACAGCUCAAGUCAGCAGAGCUUGAGAAAAGAGGGGAGAGGAGAGCCGAAGCUGAGAAGAUGCUUGCCCAGGCCCAAGAAAUUGGGGAGCAAGAGAACAUUGACAAGUUCACUAAGCGUCUGGUUAAAGUCACCAAGCAGCAUAAUGAUGAGUGUAAGAAGCUCCUGACCCUGAUGGGAGUGCCUUACAUUGAGGCUCCAUGUGAAGCUGAGGCCAGCUGUGCUGCUCUGGUUAAAGCAGGGAAGGUGUUUGCCACAGCAACGGAGGAUAUGGACGGGCUGACCUUUGGGACAAACAUCCUUCUCAGACAUCUCACGGCCAGUGAAGCAAAGAAACUUCCUAUUCAAGAGUUCCACUUCAAUCGCAUCCUGCAGGACAUCGGCCUCACCAAUGAACAGUUCAUUGACCUGUGUAUUCUGUUGGGCUGUGACUACUGCGGCACUAUCAAGGGGAUCGGCCCAAAGAGAGCAAUCGACCUCAUCAAACAGCACGGCAGCAUCGAAGAGAUUCUAGAGAACAUUGAUUCCAAUAAGCACCCUGCUCCAGAAGACUGGCUGUACAAAGAAGCCAGGGGUUUGUUUUUGAAGCCAGAAGUGGUGGAUUGUUCUACAGUGGAGCUGAAGUGGAACGAGCCAGAUGAGGAAGGACUGAUCCAAUUCAUGUGCGAAGAGAAACAGUUCAGGUGAACUAAAUAUUGACUCAUU